AUCACGUUUAAAAAUUGAAAUCAUUAGUGCAAACCGGCGCGCGAAGUUAAUAAUAAUAAGAACAAUGACAACGAUAACAACAACAACAACAACAAAGUAUUAAAAGUAAAACGCAGAGGCGAUCCGAUCGGGAUCCGUCAUAGCUUGAAAAUAAACCCAGGGAAAGACGACGACGACGACGACGUCGGUUUGUCAACUGUCAUAACGAAGGUGCGCACUUAUGUGUAGGCGUGUGUAUACGUUGUACGAAUAAGCUGCGUUGAACCCCUGAUCCAGCAAUGAUCACAGUGUCACCGAACACUUGAACGAGCAACAAUUAUCCGGGUAUAAUAAUGCAAAGAUUGAGUGAAGGUGAACAUACCGACGUAGCGUAAUUUUCGGGUAUUAAAUUGAAACAAAACAUCUGGAAGCUGUGGAAAGCCGAGCUUUUCGAAAGCGCUAACCGACUUUGGAUCCUGACCGUGAAAAUCAGCGAGGCUACGGAGAUCGAGAUAUCGUUCGGACGCAAGUGAUAAUGUCCGUUCACGGUGGGACCAACGUUACUCGGUUCGCAAUGGAGAACGCAGAUCGUCGCUCUUCGGCCCAGGACGCGUUCGAUGAAAACCUGACCUUGGUUCAGGUCGUGUCGGAAGUCGUCCAGGAGCUCGAGAGCCAGAGGGAAAUGAGCGAGACCGAAUACGAGCAGUUUCUUGCCGAUGUAUGGAUCGGCGUUGUCCUCACCCUGAUGGUCCUCAGCUGCGUCUGCUGCAUGUGUUCCUGUCUGCUCUACCACAAGUUUCAGCAGUGGAAACGACACGUGCUGGAGCAAAGAGCUGCGGCAUCGAGAGACCCGGACUGCCGAGGAGGAGACACGGAGAGUCUUCCUUCGUACACCCUAGUAUCCGGUCUUCCGAGCUAUGAGGAGGCUCUGCAGCAGCUUAAACAGGUUCAGGCCAUGCGACGAGGGCUCGACUACGUGGUCGUCGAUUGCGAAAAGCAGGUGGAAGCUCAGACACCGUCGCCAAUCGGGUCGGCGUCUUUGAACCAUACGAACUGCGCACAGACUAAUCAGAUGUCGAGGCUGUCAGUGGCGGAGUUGCUGCAGUUUUAUAAAAUCCAGCAGCAGCAACAGCAACAGCAACAGCCGCAGCAAGAGCCACAGCAACAGCCACAGCAACAGCUGCCCCCGUAUCAGCAGCAGAUUGAAGUUGACGUUCAGCCGCAGGUAAUAGCCAAGAUCUGACAAGUGAUGGUAGUAAAAACGGCAUAAAUAUUUGAUGUAACAACAGAACCAGCUUUUCUAUAUUUGAUAAGUAUGAAACGUUCAGUUGUGGCAACAUUGAUGUAAUAUUUGGGAGAGCUGGAUAUGAGUCGGCCGAUUUGGUAUAAAUAUUAAGGACUCGAUUGUGAUAGACGUUGAAGCGACAAAAAUUUACGUAAAUGAUAGUGGAAUUGUAAAUUAACAGUCGUUACUCACGCGCAAAUGUAAGAUAAUCAACUAACGCGACAGAAAUGUCAAUUACGAAUCGAUUAAACUGUAUUAUUAUCAUC